AUGGUCCUCGCCCUCCUCGCCACCGCAGGCCCCGUCGUCCGCACUCCUGGCAUCAGGAUUGCACUAGGGGAGCGCAGCACGCUGGCUCGUGCUGACGGGACCUUCGACCACGAGAGGACCAUCCUGCACAACAUCAAGACCCACAAGCGCGCCCUCCGCCGCUCUUUUCGUGCUUUGGUCGCUAACCUCUAUGAUGCACCCCGCAGCAGGUACCAUAGGAAUCUCCGGAGCUCCUUGAUUUCCACAGCCUCUGGGAAGGCUGAGGAGAUCAAGGGGUUUCGCACGAUCUCUCCCUCUUCGCAGAGGCGUGACGUUGGCGUUGAGUCGCUCAUUGACGAGAAUGACAAUGAAUGGCUGGGCGAGAUCUCCAUCGGUACUCCUGGCCAGCUCUUCCUGAUCGACUUUGACACUGGCUCGUCUGACUUAUGGGUUCCCGGUUCGUCCUGCACGAGCUCGACCUGUGACAACAAGAGCAAGUACGAUGCGUCAAGAUCGUCCACUUCUUCCCAGAAGAGCGGCACCUUCGAAAUCCAUUACGGUGAUGGUUCAACGGUCUCUGGUCCAGUUUACACCGACACUGUGGCCGUCGCCGGACUCACUGCCACUAAUCAAUAUUUCUCUCCAGUAACUACUCUUUCGAGCUCUUUCGAAGACGAUCCCACUGAGGGUAUCUUAGGCCUUGCCUACCCCUCCCUCUCGAACCCUGGAGAGAACCCCGUAUUUAACACGCUAGUCGAACAGGAGGGGUCGGAGCUCUUCCUUGGUGGCACGGACCUCCUCAGGUACACUGGCUCUAUCGAGCACCACGACGUCGACACGUCGACAGAAUUCUGGCAGGCUACGAACGCCCAGUGCGUCGUCGAUUCUACGACCGCGAGCAGCGGCUUUGCCCCCAUUAUCGACCCUGGCACGACCAUCAUGUAUGGGCCGUCGAGCGCGGUCCAGAGCGUCUACGCAGCGAUCCCAGACAGCGCCGCCUUCGACUCGGAUGGUGGGCUUUACUCGUACCCGUGCAACUCGCCUCCGACCGUCGGCUUCAACUGGGGCAGCAAGACGCGGAGCAUCACAAGUGAAUUUAGCUUCAACCUCGGAGAGACUGCAGAAGGCAGUGGCCAGUGCGUCGGCGUGCUCGCCACUGGAAGUGAAAGCCUCGGUCUCGGGGACAACACCUGGGGGCCUGGCUGCUCGGCGACUGCUUUAUGAAGAACGUCUACACCGCGUUCUCGUUCGAGAGAGACGCCGUCGGCUUCGCCACCCUCACCUAGGUAACGAAGACACCUGAGCAUGCUGCAGCGACGCCGUGAAGGUCUUAAGAUAAUGUUCGAAUAGAUGGAACGGUUGUUUCUCUUGAAACUGUUGUAGCACUUAUGUGUGUGUUAAGGCUUCUCUGCUUGCAGUUUGUGCAAGUUCUCUGCUGUAUAGGACUCCUAUAGGCUAUUGUAAUGCU